UGCAGCUCUAGCAUUGGCCCGCGCGGCAGCGCGGAGGAGGGGGGCAGCCCUUGGUGCGCUGGCUCGAGGAGCAGGGUGGGGAAGGAAGAGCCCGGCUGCCGCUCACUCGGUCGCUGGCUGCAGCUCGGAGCAGGAGUCCCCCCGCCAGCGCCGCCGGGGCAGAGGGUCCAGGAUCCUGCCUCUACAUUGCCCAGUUCCUGCUGCUUCAGGGGAAGAUACAAGAAAUUUGUAGAAGACAAAUAUGAGGUUACUUGGCCCAAAGGGAAACUUCCAUCUCACCCCAAAAGUUUCCACCACUACGUUCUCAGAUUCAGGGGAUAGCCAAGCUGAAAUUCUGUCCCCGAUAUCCAUCAGGGCCAUCUGAGAAGAUAACUUCUGGGCUUACUCCUGGGAUCCAACCGUGUUGUGACAUCACUUCAUUUAUUUGGUGUUUGACUGGAAGUGUAGAACCUGGCUUACGAAGGGUGGAGACAGGGAAUGAUCAUACUCGGCUGCUGAGCUGACAGUUUUCAUCUUCAAGAAAAGCUAGAUCAGAACAAAUUGACUGAGUGAAGAUGUGUGUUCCUAAUCUUCGCCUCCAUUGGGAACAUGUCACUUGUCCAACUUUUUAAUGCCUCUCCAUUCAUUCUGAUCAAAGAUAAAUCUUCUUGGAUGUAAUACAUUUUGUUGAUUCCAACUUUCCUGAAAAGUUAUGGAUGAUCUGUGGAUUUGUGGAUAAUCUCCCAGGAGACAUCACACGUGCCUGGAAUGAAUGACCUGGGUCAUUCUGUUACCUGUGACAUCUCCAACAAAUUUUAGAAAGAGAAAUUAUGAGUGGCUGGAAUUAAUUUCCUGAAGCAUUUUGACAGUGAGAACUUUUCUCUUACAUGUUACUGCUCAAUUUCCAAACAUCUUUUUAUAAAAAAUGGCAGAAAACAUUUAGAUUAUUUUUAAGACUGUUUUUUAGGAUCCAAAACGAUACCCUCACCUGAGGGUUUAUUUUAAUUGCCAAGAUGUCCACUAAGGUCCCGAUCUACUUGAAGAGAGGCAGUCGGAAGGGCAAGAAGGAAAAGCUCCGAGACAUCCUUUCUUCUGAUAUGAUCAGCCCCCCCUUGGGUGACUUCAGACACACUAUUCACAUAGGGAGUGGUGGAGAGAAUGAUAUGUUUGGGGAUAUUUCUUUCUUGCAAGGGAAGUUCCACCUUCUACCGAGGACUGAAGGUAGCCUAGAUUCUGACAGGGGUAGCCACUGUGCAGUGCCAUUUGAGUUCUCAAGAACUGCUACGAUCUCUGGUCAUGAGCAACCACUGUCUGAAACGCCCUCUCCCCUUCUAAAGAAUGCCAUCUCGCUGCCUGUCAUUGGUGGUCCACAGGCUCUGAUGCUACCCUCUACGCAGGCUCCACCAAAGCCUCCAAGGCUACACCUUGAUGACAAAUUUCAACCAGCGCUGCAAGGCAAGGAAGCUAUGGCAGAACUGACUUCAUCCAAGGACAACAGGACUUCUGAGCCUGCCCCUCAUUGCUGCAGCCCCAAUGAGCUGCUUGCUCAGAAUGGGUUUGCUGAAGAAAAAAAUAAAGAUGAGCCCUUUAUGUCCCAUGCUGGUUCCCUGCUCUCCCUCCAUGUGGAUCUGGGGCCUUCUAUCUUGGAGGAUGUGCUUCAGGUCAUGGAUAAACACCAAGCUGGAAAAGCGAUACAAGAUUCUGGAAGGCAAGAAAUCCUGACAUGAAAAUUAAAGGGACUUCGAUGGGAGAAGGACUUUAAAAUGUAGAGGUUUUGUAGAUAAGAUUUUUCCCCAAGGGGAAUAUGGUUAACUGGGCCAGCUUGAAUUUAGUGAAAUUUAUCCUGUGUGGAAUCCCAAUUGUGGAUCUAAGGUAUUAAGCUUUUAGGAGUGUGUUGCUUACUUUCCCCAAUGCCCAUCAUGCCAACAUUUUUAAUGUUGCUUCUUGCAGGCCUUUGAAUGCUGCUCAGUACUGAAAAAUGUAUGAAGCCAAGAUAAGUUCAGCAGCAGCAAUAAAUUGUGGCGUAGCAAUAAGAACUUUUAACUUUACUGAUAUGAGUAAAUUGUAAGGGAUAUUACUUUUUUAAAAAAAGCACUGUCAUUUUAAACUAUUUGUACUUGGUGUGAUGUGAAUGAUAUGGGGGAAUAUCAAGAUAUUAAUUCAAAAGGAUCCUGAUUCUGACUGUACGAGAGACUAUUUUACAUAGAACUUUGUCAAAGUAGAUCCUGUGAGAGAUGCCAUAUUGCUGAGGUCCUUAUUUAAAGGGAAAAAAAGCAGAUUGGAAUAUAACCACAUAUACUUUGGGAAUUUCUCAUUAGCACUGUAAUCAAGAAUCACAGUUCACAUUAGUCAUGUAACUCGCUCACUGAUGUAGUACAACUCAAUCAAGUUGACCCAUGCUAUUCUAAAUCAAAUUGUCUUCCUAUUUGUAUUUACUGUUUUAAAACUUGAUCACUUGCUGUUUGCCAGAUAACCUGAAUUUUCAAAUGGAUUGUAAGCAACUUUUAUAACCUCUAAAUUGGAUUUUUUUUUAAAUCUGCCAUCUUAUUAGUAAAGUAACUAGGAAAAAAUCCAUUGGGCUUUUACGAUGAUCCUUCUUUAUAAAAAAGUUAGAGAACAGAUUAGAAGAUUGUAAAUUUUAGCAGACAUAAGCAUAACUAGAUUCAAUGGUUGAAAGUUGAAGUCAUCACACUCCAAGCUGGAAAUAAGAUGAAACUUUUCUACAGCAAGGAUAAUUAACCACUGGAACAAAUUACCAAGGGAUGUGGUGAAUUCUCCAUCACUUGGAGUCUUUAAACUGAGACACUCUAAUUCAACCACAAAUUUUUAAGCUUGAUGCAGGAAUUUGUGGGGAUGUGUUUUGGCUUGUAUUAUGCAAGAUAAUGGUCCCUUCUGGCCUUUAAAAUUGAUGGUAAUCUAAAUUAUACUGGCAUUAGAACUGCAAAAAUAAUCAAGACAACAGAUGAUUCCAUUUGCUCAAGUGGGUCUUAUUUUCAAAGUUGCCUAAAAGAUUUGGACUUCUAAUUCCUAUUAAAAUUUCUUAGGUGGUUUUAAAAUGUCAGCUCUUCUCUUAUAGUGUGUGUUUGUUUGUUUGUUUAUAAUAUUUUAGGUAGGAACUACAGUCUCAGUACUUCUGUAUCUCUCAUCACUAACUAGUGGACUUUAUCCUAGUAGCAUCCCUGUGAUGUAGGGAAGUAUUGUCCUCAUUUUAUACCUGGAGGAACUGAGGCAAAGGAUAGAUCAAUGAGCAGAUUUUUAAAGGCAUUUAGGCUCGUUGGGCAUGAUCACACAGGUAAUCCAGGGCUAAACCAGGAAUUGAACCUAACUCUCUAGAGUUCCAGUUUUAUAAUCAUUCUUUCACUCAAUCAAAUAUCAAGGCCCUAUGGUACUAGGCACUAAACAGAUAUUUUAAUACAGAAGACCACUUCUGCCUCCACCAUUUUACAAUGUAAAUACUGGAUAGGACUGAGUGGGUAGAAACAAUGAGUGAAUAAUAAAAGAAACAGCAUGUAGCAAAGAAAUAGUAGCCUCCAAUUGUCUCUGUCGCAACCAGUAUCAGACAAGAAUGAUUUGUAGGUGUCAUGGCAGAGAUAGGCUAUAAAGGAGGGACUUAAUAGACUGCUCAGCUGACUCUAUGGAAUAAUUGAACUAACAAUAUGGGAUAAUUCAGACUUGCGUAGUUUUUUGGUUUAGGAUUUUAAAAAGAGCCUACUGGAGUUAGAAACCCAGAUCCCUCUGAAAUUAAAUAGGAAUUGGGUGCCUGACUCCCUUAAAAUCCUUUCAAAUGUCCAGAUUUGGGGUAUGAGGCUAUGAGCGAGGACAUAUUAUAAGCACCUAUUAGACCCCUUAGGCUCCAAGGUUCUAUUCCCAUCUCUGAGAGGUCAAUGUAGUUUAAUGCUUAGGAAAAGGAAACUGGGAGUCAGGACUCUUGAGUUUUCCUCCUAGCUCUGAGAGGGAGGGGGGAUGUUGUCGUGUGCUUAGAACAGCAGUGAGGACCAGAACUCAGAGCUGUUCCUAGCUCUACCACUGAUUUACUAUGUGAUCUUGAGCAAAUCACAGCUCUCACUUCCCCGGUUUCUCUAUCUAUAAAAUACUGUAUGGAUAAAUAUACCUUCCCUGCAUCACACAAAUAUCAAGGAAGUGGGUCUGGCCCACGAAAGCUCAUCAUCUAAUAAACCAUCUUGUUAGUCUUUAAA